CCUCCUCUUCCUUCCCUUUCUUUUUUUUUUUUUUUUAUCAUCCCUCUCAUUCACUUCCUGAUUCACCUCAUCCUCCACUCUUCACCCUCCGUUGCCAUUAAAAACGUAAAGACACUUUCCUUCCUGUUCAGGUUUGCUUUGUUCUUUUUCUUCUUCUCUUCUUUGCUCAACAGGAAACAACGAAUCAUCAGAUCUGUUGGGAAAAUAAGAAAUCGCUCAAAUCAGGAUUCGCUUUCUAUUUCUUUCCAUCACGCUCCUGAUCCCUUCUGAUCAACAACAACCAACAACACUCAGCCAUGUCCUUUGCUCGUCUGCUCUGUCGUCAGCGCAGCACCGGGCUUGCCACGCUCUCUGCACGAAUCGCCAACUCGCCUCACAUCCCUCGCGCUGCUCUUUCCACCACUGCUCCAUCGCUCCUCUACAGCGCAGCGGUCACCAACCAGCAGUACAAUCGCGACUUCUCCUCUUCCAACAACGAUCGCAACAAUAGUGGCAACAACAACAAUAAAGAAAGCAGCAACAAGGGCACAAAGAGAACCAAGAACAAGACCCUAAACCUCGUCGUGUGUGCGUCAGCGAUUCUAACCAGUACAUCAAUUGCCUCUACAUCGCACUCUUCAGAUAAACCAAGGACCCUAUCCACCAUGCCUCCAGUUCCCAACACUCCCAACCACAGCAAGGUCAUUAUCAUCGGAUCUGGCCCUGCCGGCCACACUGCCGCCGUCUACCUUGCCCGUGCUAACCUCAACCCCGUCAUGUUCGAGGGUAUGAUGGCCAAUGGCUUUGCCCCUGGUGGCCAGCUCACCACGACGACCGAUGUCGAGAACUAUCCAGGUUUCCCUGAGGGUAUCAUGGGUGGAGAGAUGAUGGACAAGUUCCGUGAGCAGUCCAUCCGCUUCGGUACCGUCAUUCACACCGAGACCAUCGGCAAGGUCGACUUGACCUCCCAGCCCUUCAAGCUCUGGCGCGAGGGCGAGGAGGACAAUGAGCAGCCCACGGACACUGCCAACUCUGUGAUUAUUGCGACCGGUGCUUCUGCCAAGCGCAUGCACUUGCCCGGCGAGGACAUCUACUGGCAGGCCGGUAUCUCUGCCUGCGCAGUCUGCGACGGUGCUGUUCCCAUCUUCAGGAACAAGCCCUUGGCUGUCGUCGGUGGUGGUGACUCUGCUGCUGAGGAAGCUGUCUACCUCACCAAGUAUGCUUCGCAUGUGUACGUGCUUGUUCGUCGCGACAAGCUGCGUGCGUCGAAGGUGAUGGCCCACCGUUUGUCGAACCACCCCAAGGUCACGAUCCUGUACAACACUGUCCCGAUUGAGACCAAGGGUGAUGGCAAGUUGCUCAAGUCGCUCGUUCUCCAGGACACUGUGACGAAGGAGACCCGCACGAUGGACGUCAACGGUCUGUUCUAUGCGAUCGGUCACGUCCCCGCGACCGCACUGUUCAAGGGCCAGUUGAACUUGGAUGAGGAUGGUUACAUCAAGACUAUCCCCGGCACGACUGAGACCAACCUUCCCGGCGUGUUUGCAGCUGGAGAUGUCCAGGACAAGAGAUACCGCCAGGCUGUGACCAGUGCUGGAACGGGAUGCAUGGCGGCCUUGGACUCUGAGAGAUGGUUGGAGGAGCACUUCCCUGAUCAGCACUAAAACGGAAGAAGGACAAUAGCAUUUUUUUUUUUCAUUUCUGUAGAUAGACACAAAAAAAUAACAAGCAUCGACCAAUGCAAUAAAGAAACAGCACCCAUACAUUCAUUAAGAAA